AUGAAGUCUAUAAAAUGUGUCGUAGUCGGCGACGGAGCAGUUGGAAAGACUUCAUUGCUAGUAUCUUACAUAAAUAAUUCGUUUCCAUUCGAAUAUGUACCAACUGUAUUUGACAAUUAUUCUGCCACAAUUUAUUUGAAUGAUUCGUCUUUACUUGCAGAAUAUUACGAGGUGACUCAACAGAAUGACCAUGUAUUUCAUUUGAAUUUAUGGGACACUGCUGGCCAGGAAGCAUUUGAUAAAUUGAGACCACUUUCGUAUACACAGACAAAUAUUUUCAUAGUUUGCUUCGCAAUUAAUGAAAAUGACAGCUUACAACACGUUAGGACAAAAUGGAUUCCUGAAAUUUCACAGGCAUCAAAAAAUAGUGAGCCACCAAAUAUUUUACUGGUUGGGACAAAAGGUGAUCUCAGAGACACUGCAGAUAAUUGCAUACCACGUACUGACAUUGAACACGUUCAAAACCAUUGUGGCUCCAUCGAUUACAUAGAAUGCUCUGCAAGAAUGCAACAGAAUGUUAAAGAAGUGUUCACCAGGGCAGUAGAAAUUGUAGCAUCGAGGUGUGUAAUGAAAUUAAUAAAACAAACGCAAAUUGCGGCCAAUGAUAAUAUGCUAAUCCCAGCAUUCCAUCACAGUGUGCAGAAAAAACCACGGACCAGCACUACCAACAAUAAAAUGAAAAAGUACACCAGAUCUAAAAUAACAAGGGCAAAACAACACAGGAAGACACUAAAUGGGUGUACGAUACUGUAA